UUUUAGAUUUUUAUUUCUAAUGACUGAAAACAAAGAAAAACGUGUAGUCAAUGAAUACCGAUUAAAUGAAGACAAUGAACUUCGAUUGGAAGUUGGCAACGAGGAAGUUUUGUUAGAAUUGCUUGAAGGGACAGCAGAAAUAUUUGGUUCACAAUUAUCAAUGCAUAAACGUUAUACACUUCCUCCAGGUUAUCGUGCUGCUAUAUUUACUUAUAAAGGGGCUUUACUUGAAGUAGUUGGGAAGACUGAAAGUAUUUAUAUUGCACAACAAACACCAAUGAUUAUUUAUUUGAACACUCAUGCAGCUUUGGAAUCGUUAAGAAGAGUUGCGGAAAGUCAACUGUUGGCAGAUCCAAAUGGCACGGCUAGAGGACCUCGUUUGGGUAUUGUGACUUAUAGUGGGUUUUUUUUGGCUGGACCGAUUUCGACAAAUGAGGUAUCAUUCGAAAGAGCUUCGAAAACUGAGUCGAACUAUAUAUGGGGGAAGUCGGUCCGACAAUCAGGGGCCGAGUUACAGACCCCUGAAGUUUGA